AUGUCAAGAUGGCAGAAGAUAUUUUCCUUUAGCGUUUGGGGUAAAAUUGCAAGUUUCUGGAACAAGGCUUUUCUUACUAUUAUAAUCCUAUUGAUUGUUCUGUUUCUAGAUGCUGUGAGAGAAGUAAGAAAAUAUUCCUCGACUCAUACUAUUGAAAAGAGCUCAGCCAACAGACCUGCUGCCUAUGAACAUACACAAAUGAAACUCUUCAGGUCUCAAAGAAAUCUUUACAUUUCUGGAUUUUCAUUAUUUUUCUGGCUAGUGUUGAGACGUCUGGUUACCCUUAUUACUCAGCUGGCAAAAGAGCUGUCAAACAAAGGAGUACUUAAACAUCAAGCAGAAAAUAUUAACCAGGCUGCCAAAAAAUUCAUGGAAGAAAAUGAAAGACUGAAACGGCUCUUGAAAAACUAUGGCAAGGAAGAAGAACACGUUUUGGAAGCAGAAAAUAAAAAACUAGAAGAAGACAAAGAAAAACUGAAAACUGAAUUAAAGAAGGCUUCAGAUGCCCUUUCUAAGGCACAAAAUGACGUGAUGAUAAUGAAGAUGCAAUCAGAGAGACUUUCAAAAGAGUAUGACCGGCUCCUGAGAGAACACUCAGGACUUCAGGUGGGUGACAUCCACUUUAUGAGCCUCAGCUUUUAAAAAAUAAUUACUUAA